AUGUCCAAAAUUCUGGGAAAGUAUCAGCAUGAACGAAGCGAGAAUCUUGACGAGUACUUCAAGACUCUAGAGCUGCCUUACCUGGUCAGGAAGAUGAUCAACAUGUCCAACCCGAAGAUCGAGGUGACCAAAGAGGGGGACAAGUGGAUAGUAACGACUGUGACUAUGAUGCGCACGCAAGUCUGGGAAUUCACGCUUGGAACUGAGUGGGAAGAGGUGAUGCCAUCUGGCGUUAAACUCCAGAAUACUACUACCAUUGAGGACGACAGCUUGAUUAUUGUCUCGAUUACGGAAGACGGCAAUAGAACGAUAAGGCGGUAUGAUUUUAAUGAUGAUGGGAUGACUUUA